CGGGAAAGAAUGAGCGCGAGGUAUUUUGUUUGUGUGCGUUGGUUGCGUGUUUGCGAAAAAAUGAAAAUGGACGGCCGAUAGUUUUCUAUUUGGCACGUGAACCAAGGAGUAAAUUUUUAUUUAUUUGGAAAUAAAUUACCGUCAAACUGGGUGCCAAAACGGUGGAAAGGUUCUUAAACCUGGCUGACGAUAACUUCGUCGACGAUGUCAACGACGACUUAAAAUGUUUUAUAGCCGAAAAAAGAGUUGACAGUGUCCUUGUGUUCCCACCGGUGAGCAACUAUCGCCGGUUUCUGAUCCACCGUUGUGUGGAGCAGUUAGGGUUGCCAGAGCUUGCCACCUUCUCCAUCGGAGUCAGCGACGAACGCCGCACGGUGGUCUGCUAUCGGGAGAAGAUAUUGAGUGAUGAAGCGUGUGCUCGGCCAAUGACCAUGGGUUUGACGCAAACGGACCAUGAAGACGGAACCUACUCCCGAACGGGCGCCGCGGUGGGAGGUUGCAGGCCUCCGUCGCAGCGGCGUGCGGCACCGCAGGAAAAGAUCAGAACCGGGUCAACGAAGCCUCGCCGUCCAGACCGCGCCGUGUACGUGCCGCGGGCGCUCAGAGCUGCAGAGCCUGCCGCCAUAGACGACGGCAAAUCUCCAGAGACCAAACGCACAAGCCAAAGCAACGACGGUUCAAAGUGUCCCAAAUCACCUGCACCAAAAGAAAAAUCCACAAAUCACGGAACACCAAGAAAGUCUAUAGAUAAAACCUUUUGCAACGUAUAUACUCCACCUCACCUCCGAAAUCAACGAUCUCACACAGCACCAAGUAUAGACCGAUCCACUUCCAGUGAAACUAACGAAACUGUGCCUUUAGGCUGCCAAGUGCCAAAUAGUGAUAGUGCAACCACAUUCAGUGAUAGUAGUUUUAACGAAAUAGAAGUAGGAGAGAAUUUUUAUAUAGGCGACUAUUUUGCUAACGGACAACUAGGUUUUUACGCUCCCCCUUAUUAUAGUGAAUACUCGGAUAAUACAAACAACGGUUGGAGAACAAAUGAGUCAGACGAAAAUAUGGCUGUAAGCGAAACGAAUCAGCAAAAUAACAUUAUCGAUAAGGAUUACUUGUACGACAAGGACGAAGACGUUGAAAAGAAUGAGUUGAAACGUGCGUCGCAAGAGAUCAAUCGAAGCAGUAAGAGGAUAAUCAAGCAGAGCUUCGAUUCUGACGUGUUGGUUAUUUCCGACCCAGUAGAGGAAACCAAGGAUGAGCACGUCGCGCUGCCACCGGCGCGAGACGAGAAGGAGCCUGAACCGAAGAAAACGAAGGCGAAGUUGGAGCCGAAAGUGUCUUUGAAACGUGAAGAGAACGAUUGGGACGCCGUAUUCGACGACAGCGGCGAAUGUCUGGACCCCUCGCUGCUCGAGGAGCUGACGUCCACCGUGGGAAAGGUUCACAUUAGCAAGACGAAGAAUAAUUACGACCUUUAUCAGACGAGGGGCCAGCAGUUGUUCAAUGGGCCAAUCGAUGAAACUUUCGCUCACGUGGUGGAGGUGUAUGACUUCCCGACGGAGUUCAAAACGAACGAUCUGCUGUCUUUGUUCAGCGAGUACAAGGACACGGGCUUCGAGAUCAAGUGGGUGGACGACACGCAUGCACUCAUCGUCUUCAGCAGCGCCAAAAUUGCUGCAGAGGUGCUGUCAACGCAGCGCCAACUGGCGCGGUGCCGCCCUCUCCACGCCGCCACACUCGAGUCGCGAAACAAGGCAAAGAAGUGUGCUGAAUUCCUACAGCCGUACAGACAGCGUCCGGAAACGUGCACCGCGCUGGCUCGCCGGCUAGUGUCGGGCGCACUUGGGGUGAAGCUGAGCACGGCGCGGCAGGAGCGGGCAGAGGAACGGAGACUGAUCACCAUCGCCAGAGAGAAAAAAAGGCAAGCAGCUCUUCACAAGGAGGCUGCCUGGGACGGAUCGCUUGCCAACCAAUCGGUCUCAGACUCUUGAGAUUGGAAUUUCCACUUCCAUAUUCACGUGUGCGGAAUUGGAAUCCAAACCAUCCUACUAAAAUACUAAUUACAAUGCUCUCAAAUACUAUAUUGAUAUUCAUUUAUAUAAUGUUACAAUAGUUUUAGUCAUAGAAUAUUUUUUUAAACGAACUUAGUUAAUAGACGACGCUCAAGAGGUUACUGUCCCUAUAUCUAUGUGUCAUACGUUAUAGAAUUCAAAUAGAGUUAAUUUUUAUCGUCGCUUUAUCUUUAGAGUUUAGAGAAAUGUUAUGAUUCGACGUUGUGGAUUACAUUUCGUAAUUAAUAAUAAAUCUAUGUAAUUCUUAAAUUUUAUAUAAUUGUAAACUAUAUGCAUUUUAUUUCGCGUGAAAACGCUCUAUUGCUCAUUAACAUUAAAAUUAGGAGAACUGAGAACGUACUCGUGGCAUCUUUGCUGUAGUAAAAUGUGUUAAUUGAUUUGUUUUAUAUUCUCUCGUUCUUGUAUGGGACAUAAGCAUUUUAAGCAUAAUACGUGAAACUAUACACGCAAUAAUGAUCUUGGAUUUAUCAUACGUUGUGCGAAACGAUUUCAAUUUUCGGUAACUUUAUUUUAGCGUAAUUGAAAAUAAUCCUAUAAAUUAAGAAAUUUUAACUCUUUUACAAUAAUAUCUCAUUUUAUAGUAUUCUAGAAACCAAAUAUCAGUAUUUGUUUUAGCAAUAUGUGACGUCAUAAUACGUAUAGGUUUUAUUGUAUUUAUAAUAUAUUUCGUUGUGAGUUUCGUGCCUUUCGUAUCUAGUCUGAUCAUUUGUAAUGAAAGGGACGGCGUAACCUCUUGGCGUAAAUAUUAGUCAGAAUUAGAAAAAAUAGAUAAAUAAAACGAAUUGCGAAUGUUCGAAAAUAUAGAUUUAAGUUUUAGUCAUGUUCGAUCGAAGAUUAUUUCUCGAAAGGAGAUUAGUUGGCGGUAGCUAAAUUAGAUUUUUGACUUUAACGAAGCGGGUGGUGUCGAUGAGGAUGGCAGCGCGGAUGACGUCACCUUGUACCUAUGCCUUGUGCGUUACAGCAUGGUGCGUAGGAGCUGACCUAGCUCUCAGCGGGGCUAACAUGCGCACCUUGAUAAAAUUAUCAUCGAUUUUAUAAAUAUUGUCAAAUAGGAUAAGUGGUUUUUUUCACUAACAUGUGUGCCACGUGAUUUUGUUUGUAUUUUGACAGGACGUCGUGACUUAUUUGGGUUCAUUGGCACCAAUCGACAAAACGACAUAAUUAUAUCAUAUAAAUUGUAUCUCGAUAAAUUGACCGUGACAAAAUUUUAUCACGUUGCACAUGUUAGCCCUACUGUGAAUUUUAUUUUCUUUGCCUGUCUCUUUCGCACUAGGCUGUACUCUAUAUUUCUGUCCUGCUGUCAUACGCACCAUGCUAGAGCGCAAGAACUAAAUCUUUUUCGGUCGCCGUAACCAUUCUUUGGUCUUUAAUGUCUUCCAAUGACUGGGUAAGGACGAGACGGCCAGUACUAACUUCAAAAAGAUAUCAAUUGUUUAUUCACACUUCAAUAGCUGCAACGUAUGAAAUAUGAAAUAUUUAAUUUUAAGAAUAACGUCACUGAUGUCCCCGAUGCCAUCCUCAUUCCUUUGGAACCCAACGGACAAAGCAACCAGCUAAACAAGUACCAAAUCUGCCGUAGAAUUGUAGCUACUUUAUACUAUUUAGAAAUUCUCUUAAAUCUACUGGUAUUGCUUAAUGAAAUGUUAUGAAAUAAUGAAUAUUCUAAGUAAAUAAUUUUACAAAAGCAAUAAGACCAAUUUACAACGAACGCCAUGUCACAAGUCACAACGCUAUUGGUGGCGUGUACAGAUAACAAUUCUAAAAUUUGUGUCACAACGACGGAUGGUAACAAAAAAAAAUGCAAUAUUAGUAGCCAAAGAUCUGAUAUGAUUUACCGACAAAUUGCUACGUGAAUUUCUAUAGAAAGGCAUGUAUAGUUAUCGAAAUAAUAUCAAAUAUCCUUACCACUUGACCACAAUUACUUUUUAUGUAGAAAUAAUAUAUUACAUUAUUGUGUGCUUAUGGAAUGUGCCGGUGUAUAGAGAGAUAAAUUGAAAAUAAUAGGUUAUUUUUAUAUACACGCAAUUUUAUCCAUCGUGAUCUUGGCAAUGUAUGAUCAAUCUUUCAAUAUAUUGUCUGAGGUUUGUGUGCAUGCAGCUAUAAUACCCUAUUAUUAAUAGACCUCGUAUAACAAAUAGACAAUCAAUGGCCCCGAUUCCUGCAGACAAGUCCUAACUUUAUUUUAAGUUAUACCCGUCAUUUUCUUAUCCGCCGAAAAGGAAAAGGACGGAUAAUAGUCAACAAGUCAAUUUUAAAACGAAUGAAUAACCCGGGCGAAUAAAAUACGCAUCUCGUUGGUAGGCAAUCCGUUUGACGUGCUGUCUACUUAACUCUGCCGGGUUAUUGGCGGAUGUAAAGUUUUUAGACGGUUGUUUUAGAUUGCUGUUUAAAAUUGACGUGUCUUUAUGCCUGUCGAUUACCCGUCCCUUUCUGUUCCAGUGGAUAAGAAAAUGACAGGUAUAACUUUAAAUAAAAUUAGAUGGCGUCUGCACGAAUUAGCACCAUUCUCUGUAAAAAAGUGUCCGCGGCGAAUCUUGUCACAAGCGACGGUGUUUAACGACACAGUAUUCAUAAUCAUUCAUUUAUUGCAAAGUCACGAGCAGAUAAAGCUGUACAAUCGAUCAUCAUCAUCUCCCUAGUAUUAUCCCGUUUUUCACGGGGUCCGCUUACCUAACCUGAAGAUUUGACAGGUCCGGUUCUUUACAGAAACUACUGCCUGUCUGACAUUCCAAUCCGCGAAGGGAAAACCAGCCCAAUACUGGUUAGGUCACAUUCGGGAAUGUGUUUGCCCUCACGUUUUCCUUCGCCGCUGAGCACGUGAUAAUCAUUUAUGUUCCAAACAUGAAUUCGAAGUCAAAUUCGACAAUCACUGGUUUAGGCUUGUGCUGGAUUAAAAGUGAGAGGCAAGCGUUCUACCAACUGGGCUACUAUGGAUCAAAAAGCUGCACAACCGAUAUUGUAGUUUAUUUGAACAGCCGUAACAUGUUAAUUUGAGGAAACUAACUUAUACUAUUUACGUAGCUUAAUGUAAACGCAUUCGGACGCUUUUUUAGGAAAAACUAAUAAGCUAAUGGUGCUAAUUCCUGUAAAUACCAUCUAAUUUUAUUUUAAGUUAUAUCUGUCAUUUUCUUAUCCGCCGAAAAGGAAAGGGACGGGUAAUCGACAAGCAUAAAAUUUAUGGAACACACGUCAAUUUUAAGCACAAAUCUAAACCAACCGUCUAAAAAUUUUACAUCCGUCAAUAACCCGACACAGUUAAGUAGACAGCACGUCAAACGGAUUGCAUACCAGCGACGUACCUUUUGAUUCGCCCGGGUUAUUCAUUCAUUGACUCAUUCUUCCUAAAAUUAAGAGCUGUGUAUCAUCCGUCCCUUUCCUUUUCGACGGAUAUGAAAAUGACGGAUAUAACUUAAAAUAAAAUUAGGCGGUGUCUGCAGGAAUCGGGGCCAAUGUGAGUCUAUUUGUAUAUAGGAUGUCACUGCUAUUACUAAUAAAAAAUACACAAGCGUUGAACACACGUGUAAGUAUAAAUAAAAACAACAAGAGCCAAACAAAAUUAAAUCCUGUGAGGGACUUCCCAGGCCACGUUCCCUAGAAGAAAUGUAUAACGUAAAUAACGCUGCCGAUGACCUCUGUGGCCCAGUGGAUGAUCGAUGAGCUCACGAUCCGGAGGUCCCGGGUUCAAACCCCCGUGGGGACAUAUCACAAAAAUCUAUUUGUAAUCCCUAGUUUGGGUACGACAUUACAGGAUGGUCACCUGAUUGUCAAAAAGUAAGAUGAUCCCUGUUUCGGAAGGCACGUUAAGCCGUUGGUCCCGGUACAACUAUAUCCCAAUUAGUGUAGUCGCGAGGUCCCACUCUUCACCGAGCUUUCGUUGUAUCGCCGUCUAUAAUGCACUUAAGAUAAAUUAUUACUUACUGAUGUCAGUCGGUACGAAGUCUUUACGUAAGUCAUGUCAGGGACCUAUGUGAUCAAGAAAGUCUCUCAUUGACAAAUAUUUCGAUUGAACUUUGCUUGGCUGUCAAAAACUUCGCAUGUACAACUCGUGUUCAACGCUUAUGCAGCAUUUUUAUUAGUAACGGGGUUAGUGUAAUUAAAUUUUGUAUUGUCUGAUUAUAAUUUUCUGUAUGAUAUUUUUUACCUGAAUAACGUGUGAUGUAUUUUACAAAUAAACUUAUGAAUAUAAAUUUGAUUCGUAUAGUAUAACAUCGAGCGACACACCAGAGUCAAAAGAAUAUUAGAAUAUGAACCAUCGAAAUAAUAGCAAGUUCUAUACCACAUCUUAUUGCUUACCCUGUAAGAAAGACAGCGUGAUAUUAUGUUACUUACAGGUUUUUAAACGUGCUUAUGUUUUUGUUUACUUAAAAGUGCAGUUUAUAUACUUAAAGAACAUUUUACAAGUCUCAAUAUCCAUUAUUAACAUAGUGUUAAAUGAAUUAGGUUGUUCAUAAUGUUCAUACACAAUUUUCAGCCUUGAGCAAUAUCAUGCACCCACUUUACCCUGUCGCACUAACGUAUUUGUUAUUUAGUGAGACUUACAGUUAAAUUUGUCAAAAUAGUUGAUGUGAUAUAAUACUAAAGUGUGUAUGUUACUGUAAAAGCCCAAAAUAAGUCUUAAGAUUUACCUAGUAACUGGUCAAAGUUCGAAUUGUUUUAUUUAUUUAUUUUUAUUUAUUUAUGUUUUUCAAUAAUCUAAAAUUACCGUACGUCGGGCUUUUACAACAACAUAAUAUAGAUUAUACAUAUUAAUGUUUGUAACUGUACCUAUGUUCCGAUAGUAUCUAAAGGGUAGAUGUUUACGGUCAUAAAAAUAACACUAAAGUAAAACUCACGAGAGAAGUCUAUUUCGUUUUCUUAUUAUGGUUCCAUUUACUAUGAAUCUGAGAGCUGUCAAAAUUGACAUCUCUCGUGAUUUUGACUUUACUCUCAUUUGUCAUUUGAUAUUUAUUGUACGCUCUGGUGAGUGAGCCGACGUUAUAAAAAGCAAAAACAUAUCUAUCACCCAAUAGAUUUAAUAUACUAGCGCAUAGAUCGGCUAUGAAUAAAUAAAAUUAAUCCAUAUGUAUGAAGAGCGUUUAUAUAAUUAAAAAACGAUAACUUUUUACACUCCUUAACGCUCUAAAGUUUUGAAUAGUUCUAAAACAUUGGAACAGCGUGGGGAGUAUGCUCUGUGCCUCCUCAAGUUAAUUGAGGGGGACUCUACCCAGCAGUGACGUAGACGUAGGCUAUUGAUGUUAUGUCUAAACAUUACAUUUAGAUAGUCAAUGGUCCACGUGUAAAAUAAAAAUGCAUGUAAGUUAUUUUGCGAGCGCUGCACGCACGUAACCAAAAUUAAUCCAGUCUACUAAAUACCAAAACAAAAAUUUCUUAUUUUAAUUUUGCAAAAGAAAGUGAUAUGGUUUCGUUUACCUAUCUCGCUUUAACAUACUCUUUUGCAUCGCUCUGUCUCUUGCAUCGCCGAUCUGUACGGUAUAUUAAAUCUAUUGAUCACACAAAUUAAAAUAAUGGAUUCCCCGAUUAAUUUUCCAUUGUAAGUUAUUAUAUUUUUAAGUAUGUUUUCAUUUAAGAGUGCAAUAUAUACGUAAUGUAAUGUUUACCCGCAACCGUCCACGUGUUUUAUGCAUUUUUAUACUUUUACAACAAACACUACUAUCACAGGUUAUUUACACGUAUUGCGAACCGAUAAAAUAUUGCCGAGGCUCUAUCUGUGUACAAAAUAAUGUAGAUAAUAUUAUUUUUGUAAUAAUGAAAACGUUAAUCGAAAUAAACUAUCUGAUUGGUUA